GUUUUGUAUCAUAUGGAAAAAUCAUUGAUGACUGUUGGACUCCUAUUACUAAUUGGAGCAGGUUUGUAUCUAAAUUAGAAUGGAGAAGAAAUAGAAGAGUUUUAGAAGGUUAGACUAUUUAAUGAUUGGAAAAUCUAAUACAACAAAAAAUUUAGUAGUGAAAAAGAGGAGAUGUAUACUUGAUAAUUUACAGCCUUAGGUAUCGUUACUUAGUAUUCCAAUAAAAUGCCUAAUCAAUUGAAGCUCAUAACAAUGACAAAUCAGGUAAGUAUACCUAUACCUUGGAAACCAACUAAUUUGCAGACUUGACAGAAUAAGAAUUCGCAUAAAGAUAUCUAACGUUCAGACCCAAGAGUAUAAACAAAUCAAAGUCAAUUGAUUACGUUCCAAAUGGGUAAGCAAGAGAUUGGGUUGAAGAAGGAAAGGUGCCACCCAUUAAAGAUUAAGGAUCACAAUGUGGUUCUUCUUGGGCAUUUUCUGCAGUAGGUGUGUUGGAAAUCAACAGCAACAUCAAGUUUGGAUUAGAAACCACACUUUCUGAAUAGGAUAUGUUGGAUUGUUCAGGUCCAUAUGGAAAUUAGGGUUGUUCUGGUGGAUGGAUGGAUUCAGGAUUUGAAUACGUCAGAGAUCACGGCAUCGCAAAUGGUUCAACAUAUCCAUAUGUUGGAAAAGACUAAACCUGCAGAACUACAGUUAAUAGAGAUUUCAAAUAUGUUACAGGGUUCGUAGAUGUUGAUGGUUGUGAUGGGCUCUAAACUGCUAUUCUUGAUUAAGCUAUUUCUAUUGGAAUUGAUGCAUCCAAUUGGGCAUAUUACAGUAAUUUUUUAUAUAUAAUCUAUUAUAGAGGGAGGAAUAUUCAAUAAUUGCAAACAAAAUUUGUCUUCUGGAUCUAUCUUAGUCGGUAUUGAUCAGAAUGGAGUCUGGAAAGUAAGACAUUAAUGGGGAUCUAAAUGGGGUGAAAACGGAUAUAUUAGAUUGGCACCAGGAAAUACUUGUGGAGUCUGUCUAUCUGCUUCAUAUCCAGUUCUAGAGAAGAAAUGAGACUUAUUAUUUGUCUGAACAAGAUAUUU